AUGGAUCGUAAUGUCUUUAAAUGCUGCAAGAAAAUUUUUAGCAGUUUUGUCUGUAUCGUUUGUAUUGAUGUUUUUCACGGCAGUUGUCUUGACAGAAAAUCUGAUGUUGUCAGGUUGGGUGGGUGCAGGAUACUGUGUUCCCCAUUAUGCCAGCGCAGUCAUCAAAUAGCGGAAGAACAGGAAGAAAACUACAAGGGAGUAAUUGAUAAGCUACGUAAUGAAAUUACCGAAAAAGAAAGUUGCCUCAAGCGUUUGAAGAGGAGCUCAAAAGUGUUCGAAGAUGACAUAAUGGAAACGGAACAAAGUUAUAUAGGCACUAUUGAAGAACAAAAGCAGCGAAUAAUUCAGCUCAAGGGUGAAAUAUCAUUUCUGAAUGAGGCUAAUAUUAAGCUUGAGGUUGACAUAAAAAACACUGAAGAACGGAUGGUUGAGUUCAAGCAACAAAUUCAGGGACUAACCGAAAUGUCAAAUGGCAUGAUAACAUCAAUUAGAGUACUGGAAAAUGAGAAUAGACUCUACCUAGAAGAAUUGAGUGAGCUCAAACAGGGGGGGACUGAGAAGACGAUGAAUAGCACGGGUAUACAAACAGAUUUGGUGGACAAUACAAAUGGAGUGAUGCCAACAACAAUAGAACUUCUCGAGGUAGAAAAAAGGAUGUUUGAAGAUAGAAUAGCACAGAAUGUGGUCAAUGAAAAAAGUUCGAGGGACCAGGCUGACGUUGGCUCUAAAAACAAAAUCGGUAAGGACAACGCUAAUAAUAAUCAGAAAAACUUACGUCCGGUUUCAAGUGUCAAAAAAAAUAAGCUACUAUUUCUAACUGAUGAAUUUGGUAAAUAUUUGUACCCAUACCUUUUGAACCAAUUUUCAUCUCAUUUUGAAGUGCAAGUGAUGUGUAAGCCAAACGCACUAUUUAAUAGUGUUAUCAAAGAUUCGUGUCUUGCUGAUUUUAAUAAAAGUGACUUUGUGAUAGUGUUGGCGGGAACAAAUAACUAUAAUAUUAAACUGAAUGACAUAACGAAAUUAGCAAAUCAGUGCUUUUACACUAAUCUCAUCCUUUGCACAGUUCCAGCCAAGCAUGAGGAUGGCUCUCCCUUCAAGGGUAUUGAGAUUGUGAAUAGGCAAAUAGUCACUUACGUAUCUAAUUUAAGAAAGUUUUCAAAUAACAUAAACUAUGUCGACCUUUACAACAAAUUUAGAUAUUCUGACUAUGUAUCGAGAAAUGUAUUUUUGAAUAGUAAGGGUUUAUCAAAAAUGGCCAUAUUCAUUCAUGCAGCCGUUGAUGGUUUUUUCCAAGCCACGUCAUUCUCCUGUCUUAGAGAAAUAAGAUUGCAGGCAUCUGCGGUUUCAGUCGAUGAGGUAAUUAGUAGUGUUUGUAAUGAUGUUGAUAAUAAUGUAAGUAAUAUUGAUCCUACAAUAAUUGUCAUUGAUGAUGAACUUUCAACUAAUAUGAAUAGUACAAAUUUUUUAGACGUUCCCCCACUCGAGAGCGGAUCAAUAGGGACAUAA